CAUAAACAAUGAACCGGAAAAUACACCUGUUGGUAGUUUUUGACAAAUUAUUUCCGUAACUGAACAUACCACGCACUUGUUUACUCUUGUUCUACCUACGCCCAACCACCCCACCAACAUUUUACAAAACAGCUGAUCCAAAAAAUUACAAUUAUUCUUAUAAUUCUCUGCAAAAAUUGCUUUUAAGUGCAACACCAUUCAUAAAUCAUCAAAAAUAUACAUAAUUUGCUGAACAUUGCAUUAAAAUGGGUUCUCUGUGUUCAUCGUGUUUUGGAAGCAAUGGUGAAUCAUCUAAUUUGAUGCCUUCACCGGAAACACGUCGUCGCCAGCAGCUUGAAGCAGCGGAACGGCGUCGUGAAGAAAAUGAGCGGAGAGGUAUUAAAAACCCCGAUAGUAUUCGACGCCAACAACAGCGUACAGAGGAAAUGGAACGUAGGGAAGAGGAGGCAGCACGAGUGGGUGGUGGUGCUCCGAACUUAAAGUGGCAAACCGCUUAAGGAAAACUGGAUCAGAAGUUUAAAAGAGAUAUGUAAUUUUUAAGCGUGUCAUUCUAAGCAUUCAAAAUUAUUAAAAUUUCUAUAAGCA